AUGCCAGUCUCCUUGUCUGGCCACAGUGUACAUGAGGGUGAGUCUCUUUUUGAAUGUUACAGUACUGUGUGUGUAAUUUUGUAAGUCUUAUGGGUGGAAUGGCUUGUUACAUAUAAAACCCCUCUUUUCAUUGAUGCAAUACCCUUUUCAAAGACAAUUUACAUAAUCCCGCCUGCCUUUAAUGCCAUGCUUGAUGCACCUAUAGCCAGUCAGUAAUAACAUGCCCCCUUACAGCCUGAGAAACUGCCAAGUGCAGGAUCUGUUCUAUUGCAGAGGGCAGUGCAGGGCUGUGGCAGCUUGAUCUGAACCUAGCCAGGCUGAUUUUCACCCAUCAUCCCCUCUUCAGCACAGAGCAUGUGUUGGCUCAGAGACUGUAUGAGCUCUAUGAGCAUUAUGAAACCAAUGAGAUGAAAGGUGCAACACUAUCAUAAGACUUACGAUCAAAAUCAUUUGGGCAAAGUAAUGCAGUCAUGCAGUUGUAUAUUGUUCAUCUGAAAUCUUUAUUUUAUACCUCACACUGGUAGCUAAGGGGACUGAAGAAGUCAGAAACAGCCUUGACCACCACUGAUGAAACUGCUCCUGGCUCAUAGUUACGGGAUCUGAGACAGAAAAUACGGUGAGACUGAUUUCUGUUCUAAGAAAUAAGAUGAUACAGUAUAAUGUACCUAUAUGUCUGUUAAGACAUUGCUGUAAUGAAUUUGCUGUCACUGCAGAAAGACCCACGUAGCACUGAAGAAUGUGAGGCAGGCAGACAUCUCUCUGGUGAGGAACAUUGUUGCUGCUUGGAAGUGCAUCAAAGCCGUCAGGGCCAAGAGCGGCUAUGUGAGCACCACUGUGAAACUACAGCUGCAU